AGGGCGGAGUCGGCUUCGUACUCAGGACUGCGUAGCUUCGAGCCGAGAGCUCCAGCCAGGCUUGCGCGUCCUGUUCUGAAUUCUUACCCUUAUUUAGUCCUCGUCACCACCCCCGCCGUGGGAACAGCCCGACGGUCACUCAAAGGAAGUGGCUGCCGGCAGCUCUUGACCCGGAAUCGGAUUCUAGUCCCACCCACUCCGCUCCAGGCUUCCUUCUGCAACAGGCGUGGGUCACGCUCUCGCUCGCUCUCUUUCUGCCGCCAUCUUGAUUCCGCCUUCCCUGCACAAAAUGCCCGGCGAAGCCACAGAAACCGUCCCUGCUACAGAGCAGGAGUUGCCGCAGCCCCAGGCUGAGACAGGAUCUGGAACAGAAUCUGACAGUGAUGAAUCAGUACCAGAGCUUGAAGAACAGGACUCCACCCAGGCAACCACACAACAAGCCCAGCUGGCGGCAGCAGCUGAGAUAGAUGAAGAACCCGUCAGUAAAGCAAAACAGAGUCGAAGUGAAAAGAAGGCACGGAAGGCUAUGUCCAAACUGGGUCUUCGACAGGUUACAGGAGUUACUAGAGUCACUAUCCGGAAAUCUAAGAAUAUCCUCUUUGUCAUCACAAAACCAGAUGUCUACAAGAGCCCUGCUUCGGAUACCUACAUAGUGUUUGGGGAAGCCAAGAUCGAAGAUUUAUCUCAGCAAGCACAACUAGCAGCUGCUGAGAAAUUCAAAGUUCAAGGUGAAGCUGUGUCAAACAUUCAAGAAAACACACAGACUCCAACUGUACAAGAGGAGAGUGAAGAGGAAGAGGUCGAUGAAACAGGUGUAGAAGUUAAAGACAUAGAAUUGGUCAUGUCACAAGCAAAUGUGUCGAGAGCAAAGGCAGUCCGAGCCCUGAAGAACAACAGUAAUGAUAUUGUAAAUGCUAUUAUGGAAUUAACAAUGUAACCAUCUGAAAGCAACUUUUUUUGGUGUCUCAAAGGAGUAACUGCAGCUUGGUUUGAAAUUUGUACUGUUUCUAUCAUAAAUAAAGUUAUGGCUUCUUGUUGGAUGAACUCA